AUGCUGAUCUCCAACCAUUCUGGUGCUACGACCUUCACAUUGUUGGGCAUCCCUGGUCUAGAGGCCCAGCAUUUAUGGCUCUCCAUACCCUUCUCAACCAUGUUUAUUGUCAUCCUCAUGGGCAAUGGUAGCAUUCUUUUUCUGGUAGCAACAGAGUCUUCCCUUCAAACACCCAUGUACUUUCUUCUGGCCCUGCUGAUGGUGUCUGACUUGGUAUCUACCUUGGCUGUGCUCCCCAAGCUCCUCUGCCUCUUCUGGUUUGGUGCCCAUGACAUUAGCAUUAAAGGAUGCUUUGUUCAGAUGUUCUUCAUCCAUUGUACAUCUGUAGUACGUUCUGCCCUCCUUGUGGCAAUGGCCUUUGACCGUUAUGUGGCAGUUUGUGAGCCACUCCGUUACAAUACCAUACUGAACUACACUGUGGCAGGGCAGUUAGCACUGACAGCCCUUGCAAAAGGAAUGGUUCUCAUCUUGCCAAUGCCAUUAUUGCUCCAGAGGCUGACCUUCUGCAGGGCAGUCAUUCCUCAUACCUACUGUGACCACAUGGCUAUUGUGAAGAUGGCUUGUAGUCAUACCAAGCCUAACCGUAUUUAUGGAUUGUUUGUAAUCCUCCUGGUGGUAGGUUUUGACCUCCUGCUUAUUGGAGUCUCCUAUAUACUGAUUCUACAUGCUGUGUUGCGCCUAUCUUCUCGAGAUGCCAUUCUAAAGGCACUUAAUACCUGCUCAGCUCACUUCUUUGUAAUUCUCAUUACUUAUGUACCUGCAAUUUUCUCAUCUAUAACCCACCGAAUGGGCCCCAUUAUCCCUCCUCAUGCACAUAUCUUACUUGCUAAUCUAUACCUACUUAUGCCCUCAUUAUUCAACCCUAUUAUCUAUGGAAUUAAGAUGAAGGAGAUUCGGUACAAAAUGGCAAAGUGUCUGUGUAGGAGGGAUGCUCUGGCCAUCAACCCAGGACACAAAGAUGGAAAUGAAUAA